GCAGUGCGCAGGCGCGGCGGGCGGGCGGGCGGGUUUCCCUGGGCUACAGCCGGCGCCGUCGCCCGCUGGUCCGCCGCCCUGCGCCAUGGCGGGCUGCGCGGCGCGGGCUCCGCCGGGCUCCGAGGCGCGUCUCAGUCUCGCCACCUUCCUCCUGGGCGCCUCCGUGCUCGCGCUGCCGCUGCUCACGCGCGCCGGCCUGCAGGGCCGCACGGGGCUGGCGCUCUACGUAGCCGGGCUCAACGCGCUGCUGCUGCUGCUCUACCGACCGCCGCGCUACCAGAUAGCCAUCCGAGCUUGCUUCCUGGGCUUCGUGUUCGGCUGCGGGAUGCUGCUGAGUUUUAGCCAGUCCUCCUGGAGUCACUUUGGCUGGUACAUGUGCUCGCUGGCACUGUUCCACUACUCGGAGUACUUGGUCACGGCGGUGAACAAUCCCAAGAGCCUGUCGCUGGACUCCUUCCUCCUGAACCACAGCCUGGAGUACACCGUGGCCGCCCUUUCUUCUUGGAUCGAGUUCACGCUGGAGAAUAUCUUCUGGCCAGAACUGAAGCAGAUCACCUGGCUGAGCACCACGGGCCUGCUGAUGGUCGUCUUCGGGGAGUGUCUGAGGAAGGCGGCCAUGUUCACGGCCGGCUCCAACUUCAACCACGUGGUGCAGAACGAGAAGUCGGAGACCCACACCCUGGUGACGAGCGGCGUGUACGCCUGGUUCCGGCACCCCUCCUACGUCGGCUGGUUCUACUGGAGCAUCGGGACCCAGGUGAUGCUGUGCAACCCGGUGUGCGGCGUCGGCUACGCCCUGACGGUGUGGCGCUUCUUCCGCGACCGCACGGAGGAGGAGGAGAUCUCGCUCAUCCACUUCUUCGGCGAGGAGUACCUGGAGUACAAGAGGCGGGUGCCCACGGGCCUGCCCUUCAUAAACGGGGUCAAGGUGGAGCUAUGAUGCCCCGUGCAGCCCGGGGCAGGACGGCCUCCGGGCGGCGGCCUUGCCGCAGAGUGGGUUUUCUCCGUCGUUUCCUGUGUCGCCGUCUGCUCCUCUGGAACAUCCCUGAAGACCCAGCGGUCAGCAGGCCGUCGGACCAAGGGGCUGCC